ACGAUCCAGUAAAAUUAGUUAAAAAUUGUUUUUGCCCAUAUAGUUAACAAACCAAACUAUUACUUAUCCAACCUUUAAUUACUUUCAAUUAAAUUUAUAAACAGGUACUGUCCCACAGUGCAAAAUAUUUGUGUUAACCCAUCUCUAAUAAACAAGCUCAAUUUCAUAAUAAGUAUUUUGAUGUUUGCCAAUUAACAAAAACAUCUGUAUAAAAAUGCAUGUGGUAACUAACCUUUGCCGACAAAAAAUUCAUUUUGCAAAGAAAUUAUUUUCAAGAAGAUGUACUUCAGGUUUUUCACAGAAAGAUGAAAGUUACGUCACAAGACAUUUUGAAGAAAUAUCUAUUUCAGUGCCGUGGGGUCAUAUUAAUGGGAAAUGGUAUGGACCUAACAAUGUUCGCCCUAUACUUGGAUUGCACGGGUGGCAAGACAAUGCAGGAACUUUCGACACCUUAGCACCAUUGUUACCUCAGCACGUCGGUUUUCUUGCUUUGGAUUUACCCGGUCACGGUCGGUCUUCCUGGUUACCUUCUGGUAUGUCUUACCACUCUAUUGAUUUGGUUUCAACACUCUUACGAAUCAUGGACUUUUUUAAAUGGGACAAAGUAUCGAUGAUUUGCCACUCCAUGAGUUCAGUAAAUGGUUUUGUUUUUAGUGCAUUUUACCCUGAAAAGGUUGAUAUGAUGGUUGGUUUGGAUGUUCUAAAGCCCCUAUCGCGUAACAGUGUUAAAAUUGUUGACAAUUAUAAAGAAUGUUUGAUAAAAACCAUAGCGUAUGAAAAACGACAUAGCAAAUCGGAACCCCCAUGCUACGAAUGGGAUAAAUUGGUGGACCGCUUACACUAUGGUUCAAACAAAUCUGUAAAGAAAGAGUCGUGCAAAUACUUGCUGAACAGAGCAAUACAGCCCUGUAAAAGUGAUCCAAAGAAAUAUUAUUUUGCACGCGAUAGCCGCUUAAAGCAGUCGAUGUAUUAUGGCUUUAGUAAAGGAGUGGCUUUAGAAAUGGCGCAACGAAUUAGCUCACCCUAUAUGUUCAUUAAAGCAUCCCAAGGUCCUUACUAUGAAGAACGAAAGUAUUUUGAUGAAGCAUUGGACAUAAUGAAACGAAAUCCUCUUUUUGAAUAUUAUGAAGUAGAGGGGUCACAUCAUGUUCAUUUAAACAAUCCGGAAACAGUGUCUCCGAUAAUUAAUUCCUUCAUUAACAAAUGGCGUCCUCUUUAAAUACAAUAACUUUAAUUAAUUUAAUUUAAUUUUUUUUUUAAAUGGCGUCUUGACCA